GGCGGCAGGGGUACCACAGAAUCAGAUACCCUGUGGAACCCUAAACCAGUCACACAUGGCGCUCCUGCAUUACUAAUACAGGGGCGCAGCUAGCUGCCUUGACAAGGGAGGAUCAACGGAGCUCUCUUUAAUUCAUUAGAUUCAGAAACGCUGUGGCCUAGCUCUGCAGCCUCAGGAAGGGGAGGAUUGUUCGCUUCAGGUGACUGCCGCCAUCCUUACUCCGCAUACUUGUGGCAGCACCUUGCAAGGAAAGAUCUUCAAGUCCUCGUCCUGACUCCAGCCAACGAGCCCUGGAAACUAAAAAGCUGGUUACAGGCAUGGCGGAGAACCCGAAAUGUCCUGGCCAGGUUGUGUGGGUCAGCAGCAGCGAACCCCUCCAUCAAGAGAGCUCUCUCCCCCCCCUGCAAGAGGACUCCUUCGACGACCUUCCCGAAUUGAUUGAGGCAGAGUCAGACUCAGAUUCAGAGGGGGUCCCCGAGCUCGUUGCUGACCUCAGCGAGGUGUCUGACUAUGAUGACAUGCCCGAGCUCGGGAGCGACAGCGACGAUGACGUCAGCGAUGACGACGAGCCCCCGCCUCUAGUUGGAGAAGACAGCGACGACGAAGACGAUUUGCCUGAGCUCAUUGCCUUCGAUGAUGAGGAGGAUUCUAAAGAGAAGUAUGAGCUGUUGAUCGCGACUGCGGGGGCCCGUCGGAGCUCCCCAUACCGUUCUCUGACGCAACAACCUUGCUGGCUUGAGAAGAGUGCGAUCGGGAACCUGGAGGGCUUUGGCGGGGGUGAUGUGACUUCGGGCGAGUCAUCUCCUUGGAAUAUGGCAUUAGCACAAUAUCAGAGCAAGGUUGGCAACCCGCUUGUGGUCAUCACUGACUCGGUGGGAGAAGAAACGCUAUCAAAUGAAAGUCUGAGGCGCCCGGUGGAGUGCCCCAGGCUCGGAGACCAGGGGCUCGUCAAGGGCGAGGAGCGCACGGUGGUUUUCCCUGGGGGAGCCAAGCAAGCGGAGCCGCAGGAGUGGUCGACCGGCCUGUUUGACUGCUGCUUGGACGUGCCGACAUGCCUCCUCGGCGCGCUCUGCCCGUGCGUCCUCUACGGCCAGACCCACCGCCUCGUCACCGGCCGCUCCUGCAUGACGUCAGCGCUCGCGCAGUUUUUCGCCGUGCUGGGGGGGGCCUUGUUGGGGGGCUGCUUCCUGUGCCACUGGGGCUACGCGCCGUGCGCCGCUGCCCCCCUGAGGAGCGUGAUUCGCGGCAAGUACGGGCUGGCUGCGACGGGGCCGUUUGAGCUGGCGAGCGAGGCGGAGGGCCGGCUGGCCGACUGCUUCGUGCACUACUGGUGCCACCCAUGCGCGCUCUGCCAGGAGUACCGGGAGGUUAAAUUCCGCACGAAGCUUGAAACCGGGGGCACCUACACAGCACCCCCGGUCGUUGAAGAAAUGGAGAAGCGGGUUAUUGCGGAACCCGUCAAGAGCGCCGGCGUCAAGGAGGAAGCCGGGGGCGUUUACUACACCCUUCUGGCUGGGGAAUAUAAGGGCGCCGUUGUUUGAGGUAGAAGUAGUUGGAAGGGCAAUACAUCUGAUAAUGGAGUUCAAUCUCGUCGGCACAGAAUGAUGACAUUCCGUCAUUGAAAGGUCUUGGGCGUUGGGCGUUUUGCUGGCUGCGGUCGGAAGAAAAGUUGAGCUAGCCCGCACUUGAUAGAGCGGAGCGAUGCGAUUGGCGUGGUUCUGAUCGCUGAACAUUUAGGAGACCGGACUGCAUUCGUCAACGGCCUGGUCUGGACGAUAGCACGACUGCUGACAAGUUGGUCUUGUACAUAGGGUUAAAUGAAACUUCCCAGGCUUUGGUUAACAUCAAUAGCCUGCUCAUGGUCAUUUCAACUUUCUUUUCGUAGAUCGUGCAAUAGAGCAUUGAAGGCCCGUUGGACAGUGGAUCAUCUGUUCAAAGAAAAAGAUUGGACCGGGCUUAAAACGGGACUCGAUCCUUCCGACGAGCCUUACUUUCAGGCAUCGAAUGUAGUCUGCUUGACC